CUCGAACGUCUUAAAUUUUUGCGAUUUUAUCAGUCCUGGCAACAUCAAUGCUUCUAACAUGAAGUGAGUUGUAAAUAUAAAAUGUAUUCUGUUGUGUUUGUGUGUUUGUUCGUUUGGGGAAUUUGAGCUUGGAUUGUUACUUGUAGAGCGCUAACUUUGGUUUUUAUACAGCACACAGUUAUGCAAAUUAUUAUACAGAAAAUUAUGAACUCAUUGUAGAAUUGUACAAUUACUGUAAACUUGUAAAUUGGAUUGAAAAAAACAAUCUUAUUUUGCAGAUGAACAAAACAUUCAAUCAUUUAAAACCCUUUCAACAUUCACAAUCACCAAUUCCUUUUCAGUUUUCAUUAAUUUAAGGAAUAUAUUAUAGAAUACGAAGAAGAAGUUUGACAAAAUUAGUAAGCAUUGAAAUGACGUCAUUUUCUGAAAGAAAAAAAGACGCAGAGCUAAAAUUUGCUAUUCGAACAAAAAAUAUGUCGGGCAAAAUAGCGAUUUUGUAUCAGGAGAACAUGAUAACGUAAGAGAUAACACAAUUUUAAUGAUUCUUGAAAACGACGUCAUACUCUAAGAAUUUGUAGAAAUUUUCAGCUCCUGGAAAAUACUUUUCGGCCGAUUUUGUGAUUUUAUAUCAGGAGAAUAUGAUACCAUAGGAAGCGGCAUUUAUUUCGGCGAUACGAAAAGUCAGCAUUCAAAAAAAAGAAAUUUAUUUCUAUACAUUUCUAUUUACUAAUAAAUAAAUUUUUAUGUUUGAAAAAAUUACAUAUUAUAUAAACCUGAACGAUACAAACAAAACAAACCAAAGAUCGCGCUGUUCGCGUUUACUUUCUCAACUGUUAAGUUCUAAGGUGAUUUUGUAGUCCAUGAGUCAGCGCCAUUCUUGAACUGUCUGCGAAACUGAUCAAGUUAAUAAUUUUGAAAACAUAAAACUUGAUUGUAGUUCGAAACCUUGUUUUUUUCCUCAAACAGGGGAAAAGGCAUAAAAGAUAAAAGAUGAAGUUUAUAAAUCUAAAAGCUUCUUACAGCGUCUUUUGUGAGCACGAAUUUUGGGAGGAUGAAUUAAUAUAAUUGUUAAAAUAAUGUUUGCCAUGUCUUCAAUCAUAUAAUAUUGAUCUUCUUUAAUUGUUUGACAUUAAAUGAUAUCAUUUGUGUUAUAAAUUAAGAAAAUCGUUUGUUGUUUUUAAUGAACUUAAUUUUGGAACCUACCAUUUAUAUAAAGAUUAUUCUAUCCAUUUUCUGUGACCUUUUCUCAUUUGCAAUCAAAUUACUACAAAACUACCAUUGAAUUAUUCGACAUUAAUUAGUAAAAAAAUCUUGUAUCUUUUGCGAUGUAUUGUUUAUAUUAAAGAUCGAGUUUUUUUUAUUAAAUCUUGUUUUACGUUAUAAUAAAAUCUUUUUUAGUGAAUAGUAUUGUCAAUUACAAAUUAUUGGAAUUAUAUCACUCAUUAUGUGUUUCAAAAUUUGUUGGUAAACAAAACACUCUGGGAGUUAAAUAUAACGUAUUUCAAAGUAGUAUUUGCAUUUCUUCUCAUCCGAUACACGUUAAGAGAUCAACGACUACGAGUAUACGAAAACAGUAAGUUGAAAUAGAAGAUAUGGAACAAGCGAAUUCCAUAAGUUCUACAGAUAAAACAUAUAGUUGUGAGUGGCAACAUUUUUUAAUAAAAAAAAAUGAAUGGCAGAAAUUUAUUUUAAAUAUAUUCUUUGCAUAAAAAUUCAUAUUUUGUUUAUAACAUAAAUAUUAUUUAAUAUAAUUAUGACAAAAUUUAAUUUCAAUUUAUUAGCUAAAAAUUAAUGUAUUUUUUAAUAAGGAAAGCUUUAACAAACCAAAAGCAAGAAUACCUUCCUGCAAAUAAUCAAAGUAUAUUAUUUUAUCUAGGCAAAAAAUCAAGUUCAAGAAUAAAUUUAAAUGACGCUAUGUUUAUGUCACUUAAUGAUGAGGUUUUUUCAUACUUGGAUAAUGAGUGUUUUCAUGAUGUAUUAGAUUCUAGUCUCUCAUUAAGGAAUGAAGACACAGAAAUCGACAUAUCAGUUGCAACUAAUACAGAAGGAAGCAAACAUAUUUCAAGUAUAUUUGAACACAAUGAUAGCACAAGUCUGUUUUCUUUACCUCGUACAAAAUCUGAUUCAGAUUAUGUAAGCAAUAACCUCACGAAUGAUUUUUUACAAAAUUCAAGUAAUUUGCAACAUCAACAAGACAUGGACACUGAAAAAGAUAAUUACAAGACAAAUAAAGAUGUUUCAUUAAAGACACUAUUAAGGCAGAUGUUCGAUGAAAUUUUAGGAAGACAUGACUCUACAAAACAAUCAGGCAAAACUUAUAUUAACAGACAUUCAAGUAAUGAGUUUUUAUCAAAUAAUAGCAACUUAACAGACAAAUCGGACAGUUCUUUUGAAAUAAAUAAUAAUGAUCCAGUAUGUCAAACACAAAAGUUUAAUAAUACGGCGACAACUUCAAUUAAUAAUAUAAAUAACUAUAGUAAAAGUAAAGUUUCAUCUUCAUUUAAUACAUCUUCUUUAGACAGAUUCAAUUCUGAGCAAUUAAUUACAAUAUUGGAGGAUUCCAAUGAAAAUAGUAGCAAUUCAGAACUGAACGACUCUCAUGAGUACUCUGGGAGAUGCAUAGGCAAAUUAAAAAAUUUCUUUCCUCGUAAAAUAGUAAAUAAAUGGAUGAGCAGAAAGAUAUUUACCACCAGUGAUAUAAGCGAGAUAAGUGAUACUACUACUAUGUCUUCAAACAUGUCAACUGAUAUCGAAAUACUAAGUAAAGAAAUUUUUGAAAAAGCAGAUAAUUUACUUGAAAACAGGAAUGAGAGAUUCAAUGUAAAACGGUCGCCAGUGUGCAAAUUAUGCACGGUACAUAAAUUAUUUCUAAUUCCUUUCAUAACUAUAACUCCUCCAACUCCUUAAAAGAUUUCUAGAUAAAUAAACUAUUUAAUUUCAAAUUUUAAAAAUA